GGAGGGGAGGGGGAGUUUUUGAAAAGGCGCGAGUUUUCCCCGUUGUUGUUUUUUUCCCGCGCUUUUCCAACCGUCGAAUUUUCAAAACAAAAACGUUCUCUUUUUUUACCUCAGCUGAGGCGUUUGUUCGCCUUUAAUGGGCGACGUUGAAAGAACUGAGGGAUAAAAAAGGCCUUUAGUGGCAUUACAAGCCCCUCUAAGAACAUUAUUUACCUCAGCUUUUUUAAAAAUAACAAUAGAGGAACACGGAAAUAGUCACUAUCCUGCUUUUAAAAAUAGCAGGGAGGACAUGAAAAUGGAUGGUUUAGCCUCAUUUUAAGUAAAUAUAUAUAUACACAGAGGACAUAAUUCCCCCUCACUUCAGAUCUUUAUUGUCCUCUGUCAAGGUUUAAAUCCUGACUGAAAUAUAUCCUCCUUAAUGGCAGCUCAGGGACAUGAAAGUGACAGUUUUAAUAAGAUCAGAAUGGUUUUUACUGGAGAAGCGAAUUAAAAGGAGAGAUAUACUUUUAAAAUGCUAGAUUCCUUUGACAUUAUGGCCUCAAGGACCUCUAGAAAUACACUAUUAGUCUUAUUUGGGGUCUUUGUGUUUGCGCCUUCCUUUUACCUCAUUGCAGGCAAUGGAGUAAGAGAUCAGGCUACGCUUGAAGGACUGGAGUGGCCUGAGGCUGAGUCUGUGGAGGAGCGACAACCUCCGCCUGAUAUUAAAAUAAGGCCAAAGGAAGGAGAGGGGCAGCUGGGGCCCUAUCUCCCCAAGGCUCUGGAGGAAUCUAACCAACUGAUGUCAAGGAUCCUGAGCGGCAUGCAUCCCACAAAAACACCACCUCAGGCGCACUUCGCAUGGAAGAAAAUGAAGCGUUGGGCGCUUUCCAAAACCAAAGAAACUCCUUUCAAGACAAGAAGGGCCAGGUUUGCCAAGAGAAAGGCAAGGCUGCCUCCCGUAUACAGACAGGGCCCCGCUUCCAGGAAACAUAGUAAGCGCCACGCAUGUAUGCCAGUGGGUUUGCAGAAUGGAGAAAGCAAGAUCCAGGGGGAGAAACACCGAUGCGCAAGAAGCUCCUAUUUUGGUGACGAGGAGGGAUCCGAAGAACAACAAGCCACCUUGAGACAUUUCAGAGCAAACAGAGGAAGAAAAACCGACUGGGAUAGAAGUAAUUCAGAGAGAAUGGCCGCCGCCUAUGAGAACGAAGAGAUGCUGAGGGAACGAGGGAAAAGAGCGACAUACAAGGUGAAGUCGCACGUUCUGUCUUCCAAACCCUACUACAGUUACGAUUCCUCCUACAGUUUGUCUUCUUACGUUCCCCAGAGGACCACUGCCCAGAGAGCGGCGCCGCAAAGGCGGAAGAGGAGCAUCUCCCGCUUUCGCGCCAGGGAUCAAAAUUGGGACGCGGCCUUUCUGAACAGCCAGCUAAGAGCCAGGAAAGAGGAAGGCAGAGAGAACGAGCCAAGAGGGCGGUAUCUACAGAAAAGAGAGGAGCCCAAGAAAAUCUCCAUCCGAACGAUACGCCUGACGCUGACGGCCCUAAAGACGCAGGAGAAGUUGUCUGAAAUGGUGGACCACAUCUCAGACCCCUCCAACCAGAUGUCGAAAGACGAGAAGCUCAACUACAUGCACGAACUCCUCAAUGAACUCACCUCCUUCGCCCAUCUCUUGCAGCAGCAAGUGGCGCAGCAGUCCCAAAGCAACACCACAAAUCCGCCCGACACUUCCACCUCUCAGAGUUAGAGGCCCCUGCAGUGCUGCAGCACAUAGGUUACUUAAAAGCAACGGUGUUUGGAGCGUCCCUUGUCUAGAAACACCUUACGGCUUUGUUUAAUAGUCAUAAUAAUUUUUAAAUCCGGCCAUAGCAUUAUUCAACCAGAGUCAUUAGUCACUUAUUAAUUUUGCAACCUCAACCGUUUCCAAAGCUGUGCUCAUGAUACGCUCUGCUUGGAAGUUUGUUUUAACAGCAGAUCCAAGAAAGCCUAUUUCUGAUCAAUUAUAUUUUUCCAAACAGUGCUCCAUACAAACACACCGUAGUCAUGGGAGGGAUAUUUAGACGUUUUAAGCUAAGAAAGUAAGAUUUUACACUACUCAGCCUUUUCUUUCCGAGAAGAACUUAAGUGACCAUGACUGAUAGGCAGUGAUGUUUUUGUCUUAUUCCAGUUUGGACCCAUUUCAUCUUCUAACAGGAAAGGAGGAACCUCAGCUCCAAAUGUUAAACUCCAGGCAUAAGCAAUACUUUUGAAGGAGGGCAAAAACUUCACAUCUCAUUGUGGUCACUUUGGACACUGUGUCUGUCUGUUUGCUGCUUUUGACCAAAACAGGUUGUUGAGACAACACACAAUUGUUUUUCAAGAGCAAAAGUGGGUUGGCUGUCUGCACUGUGAGAAGCCAUUUCAGUCCUUAGAGGGGAAUAAUUCCUCUUCUCUACUUACGAUGUAAACUAUCUCAAAGGACUUCACAGUUGCAUGUAUUUUUGUGAAAUGCAGACUCACUUUGGCUGUGGGAGAGUUACUAUGAUUAAUAUAUUUAAAAAGGAAAAAAGAUAAUAAAGAUGCCUUCCUUAUUCAAAGUC